UCCAUAACAUUAUGAAAAGAACAAAUGUAUUUAUUAUUAUUAUAAUUUCCCCCUCUAGUACAAAAUGCCUAAUUCCCAUUUGUUUCAUAUUUAUGGAAAAUUGCUCUGUUCUAGCUCCUCUUGGGGCAGUAGACUUCCUGGUCUUCAAAGAGGCACCCCAAUCGUAGAGCAGGGCGCCAAUGAUAUAAUUUCCUCUCCUGAAACUCCUGCAGUGAUGAUGUAAUUCCCUCUCAGGGUCAAGCUCCCCCUAUUAGAGGGAGCCCCCAGCCACCACCUACAAGCUCCCCAGUCCCCCCUCCACCCAAACCAAAGUGCCCCAUAGCAGAUGCAAAAAAGGAGAAAACUGAGGAGAUCCUCCAUGCCAUUCUGCCGCCGAGGUAAGCCCACGUUGUCCGCGCCUCUCUCUGUCCUGCGACGCAGCAGCUUGGCCCCUGACGUGCUUCCGCUGCAGGGAGUGGUCGGACGGCGGCGGCCUGUGGGUGCAGCGAGUGUCGAGCGCGCCGGGCUCGCGCAUGGACGUGGUCAAGCUGGAGGAGCAGCUGAAUCUCAAGCUGCAGCAGAGGCAGGCUCGGGAGACCGGGAUCUGCGACGUCCGGAGAGAGCUGUACUCGCAGUGCUUCGAUGAACUGAUCAGACAGGAAACCAUAAACUGCACUGACAGGGGGCUGCUAUUGCUGCGGGUUCGAGAUGAGAUCAGCAUGUGCAUGGCCGCCUAUCAGACUCUGGAUGAGAGCAGCGUUGCCUUUGGCAUCAGGAAGGUGCUGCACGCUGAGCAGGGGAAAGCCGAAAUGGAGAAACAGAUCCAGGACCUGGAGGAGGAAAAGAGGGCCCUGGAGCGGCAGCAGAAGGAGAUGGAGGCAGAGUGUGAGGCCGUUAAUCUGAGGGAGAUGGAGAGACAAGUCAUGGAGGAUAAGAAGCACACGGAGGAGAUCGAGUUCCUAAAGCGCACCAACCAGCAGCUCAAGUUCCAACUGUCGGGCAUCUCACAGAAGAAGUGACCAGUGUCAAACACAUCUGGGGAUACCACUCGAUGAAGAGCUUUAAAGUUAGAAG